GUCACGCCCGCCCCGCCAGCCCCGAGGUAUUUACCUUCGAAAAGUGGUGGCGGCUGCAGGUACCGGAGUGGUGGAGCGGCCGGGAGGGGCUGGGUCCGCGGGGGCUCCCCGCCGAACCGAUCCACGCCGAGGGGAUGCCCCGGCUCCGGGUCCCUCCUCCCACACCCUACAGACGGAUCCAAAAUAAUCCCUCCUCACCAAGCCCUUCCCCAUAGGAUUAGCCCUCCAAAUCUAGUCACAAGUCAGACCCUACUUUUGAGGGGUUGAGCCUCAGAUUUUGAGGCCCAAAUACCAUCUCACUCCUGACUACUCAUCUUAAACCCUGCUUGCCCGCUUCCAAGCCCAGCCCCCGUUCUCACCCUGAACUCCCACCCUUAGCCCUGAAAAGUUGUCUCAGCUGGUAACACCCAGAGGCCCCACCGUAAGUGACCCUCAAAGCCACACACCCCCCCAUUUGGGGACCCAGCCCCAAACCCACUCCUACCCUCUCCCUCACCAUACAUCCCUUCCUCUGCUCAGUCUGGGCCCAGAACCUGCGGCCCUGAAGACAUGGAAUUUGUGUCUGGAUACCGCGAUGAGUUCCUUGAUUUCGCUGCCCUCUUGUUUGGCUGGUUCCGAAAGUUCGCGGCAGAGCGUGGGCCUGGGGGGGCCCGCCUUGAGGGCCGCUGGCGCCAGCUGGAGGCUCAGAUCAGAAGGCUGCCCCAGGACCCUGCCCUUUGGGUGCUCCAUGUCUUGCCCAACCGUAGUGUGGGCAUCAGCCUGGGGCAAGGGGCAGAGCCAGGCCCUGGACCAGGCCUGGGGGUUGCCCGGUUCCUGGGAGAUGAGCCCCCACUCCACCUGCGAGACCUAAGCCCCUAUGUCAGUUUUGUCAGCCUGGAGGAAGGGGAGGAAGCAGAGGAGGAGGAGGAGGAAGAGAAUGGAGAGGAGGAGGGUGCAGGCAUGGAGAAGGUAGAUCCAGAGGAGGACGGGGAGCCAGCCCCCACCAGCAGGGAGUCCCCCCAGGAAGCAAACCCUCCAGGGGAGACAGAGGAGGCUGAGCAGGAGGCAGGAGGCGGCGAGGAUGAUUGCCGAGAGGACAAGGCAGAGGACGAAGCGGGCCCUGAGAGGAGGAAGGGGCGGAGAAGUGAGGCUGCCCCCCUGCACCUUUCCUGCCUCUUACUGGUGACCGAUGAGCAUGGCACCAUCUUGGGCAUUGACCUGCUAAUGGAUGGAACCCAGGGGAGUGCAGGCAAGGGCUCAGAGACCGAGAACCUGGUUCCUCGGGCCUAUGCUCUCCUCUGCCACAGCAUGGCCUGCCCCAUGGGCUCCGGAGACCCUCGAAAGCCCCGACAGCUCACCGUGGGAGACGCCCAGCUGCAUCGAGACUUGGAGCGUCUGGUCCCGAGGCUGGGCGUGAAGUUAGCCAAGAUGCCGAUGCGGACGUGGGGUCCCCGGCCAGGCUUCACGUUUGCCUCCCUCCGGGCUCGAACCUGCCAUGUCUGCCAUAGGCAUAGCUUUGAGGUGAAGCUGACACCUUGCCCCCAGUGUAGUGCCGUCUUGUACUGUGGAGAGGCUUGUCUCAGGGCCGACUGGCGCCGAUGCCCAGAUGACGUGAGCCACCGAUUUUGGUGCCCGAGGCUUGCAGGCUUCAUGGAGCAGGCCGGGGAGCUGGCAAGUCUGCCUUUUACCUACACUGCAGAGGUGACCAGUGAAACCUUCAACAAGGAGGCCUUUCUGGCCUCACGGGGCCUCACUCGCGGCUACUGGACCCAGCUCAGCAUGCUGAUUCCAGGCCCUGGCACCCCGAGGCGCCCCCGGGGCAGCACGCCAGCCCUGAGCCUUCUUCUUGGUGGAGAUCCCUACCAGCUUCUCCAGGGGGAUGGGCCCGCCCUGAUGCCUCCUGUGCCCCCAGAUCCACCCAGGGGCGUCUUUGGCUCGUGGCAGGAUUACUACACGUGGAGGGGCCUCAGCUUGGACUCCCCCAUGGCCGUGCUUCUCACCUACCCAUUGACUGUGUAUUACGUCAUCACCCACCUGGUGCCCCAGUCCUUCCCUGAGCUCAACAUCCAGAACAAGCAAUCACUGAAAAUCCACGUGGUGGAAGCCGGGAAGGAGUUCGACCUGGUCAUGGUGUUUUGGGAGCUCCUGGUCUUGCUCCCCCACGUGGCCCUGGAGCUGCAGUUUGUGGGUGACGGCCUGCCCCCUGACAGUGACCAGCAGCAUUUUACCCUGCAGAGGGAUGGCCCAGAGGUGUCUGUCCGUCCUGGUUCCGGGGUAUCCACGCGGCUCGGCUCCAGCACUAAGGAGAAGGGGGGCCGCAGGGACCUGCAGAUCAAGGUGUCUGCACGGCCCUACCACCUGCUCCAGGGGCCCAAACCCGACCUGGUUAUCGGAUUUAACUCCGGCUUCGGUCUCAAGGACACUUGGCUGAGCUCGCUGCCCCGGCUACAGGUGGGGGAUGGGCCAAAAGGGACCUGCUCUCCCCUCCUGCCUCCACCCCACCCCCCUUCUCCGAUAGCUGCUUCUUCCCACCCUCUGCUCCAGACCCGGGCGCGCCCAGGGCCCUCCCGACCCUGUCUGUCUGUCUGUCCGCCCGCCCGCCUCGUGCCUCCCUCCCUGUCUGUCUGGGUCCCCGGUUUCCACCCCCGUCUGCGCCCCUGGCGCCUGGGGAGGGGCUGGGCGGAGGCGCCGCUCCCAGAGUCAGAGGCCCGCGCCCACCGCAGUCCCUCCGAGUCCCGGCCUUCUUCACCGAGAGCAGCGAGUACGGCUGUGUGAUGGACGACCAGACCAUGGCGGUGGCCACGGGAGGGGGCACCAGCCCCCCGCGGCCCAACCCCUUCCGCUCCCCCUUUCGCCUGCGAGCCGCCGAC